AGGAACGAACCUUUUCACUAUGGGAAGAGUGUGAAACAUCACCGGCACCAUCGGCAUCACCAUGAUAUCCUCGUUCGUCGGUAGCGGGCUCUGGCGCACAGCUCGUGCGUACCAGAUCUACGGUGCAAACACAAACGUCGGCAAGACGGUCGUGUCGACAAUUCUAUGCAACGCGAUCCCGUUUUACCAGCCGAAGGAUAAGCUUUGGUUCCUGAAGCCAGUCUCAACAGGCGCGCUCGACGAAGCUGAUGAUAGGCACAUUAGUCGGUUUGCAAGAGGAAUAUCAACCAAAUGCCUUUAUCAAUUUGAUGAACCAGUGAGCCCCCACCUUGCCGCGCAGUUGAAGUCGUGCCCUCAAGACGGAGAAAUUCUUGAAGCGAUAUCUAGGACCUUGAAUAACUGGGCUCAACAAGGACCGGGCAUUGCGCUUGUCGAGACCGCUGGCGGGGUCCUCUCCCCAGGGCCCAAUGGCAGUUUGCAAGCGGAUUUAUAUCGACCGCUGCGAUUACCUGUGGUCUUGAUUGGUGACUCUCGAUUAGGCGGAGUGUCAGCAUCUAUUUCAGCUUACGAGUCGCUUUCAAUUCGUGGGUACGAUGUUGAAGGUGUUAUCUUAUUUGAGGACAAGUACUACCAAAAUCAUGGAUAUCUCCGGGAUUUCUUUGGCAAAAAAGGUGUCAAGCUGUAUACCCUGCCUCAACCCCCUGAAAAGGAAAUGGAUGAAAGUGCAAGUGCCAAAAAGAAGGAUGAGGAAGCAAUGGCAACUUUCUACGAAAGGGCGGCCAAACAUGACAGCAUUGCUGAGCUUUUGGAGGAGCUCAAGGCUAAACACCAACAGCGUGUCGAGCGCUUGGAGUCUAUGUCCACAAAGGCUCAUGACAUGAUAUGGUAUCCAUUCACACAGCAUCAUGGAAUGACGCCAAAGAGUAUUACGGUCAUUGAUUCGGCACACGAUGAUUGCUUCCAGACCUUGAAGUCUGAAGAACUCCCCACCAAUGGCGCCAUAAACGGUGCAUCAGAAUUGCUGCAACCUACUUUCGAUGGCUCAGCUUCUUGGUGGACGCAGGGGCUAGGCCAUGGGAAUCCCGAUCUGGCCCUGACAUCUGCUUAUGCCGCUGGUCGUUAUGGUCAUGUCAUGUUCGCAGGAAACAUCCAUGAACCGGCAUUGGCAUUGGCAGAAUUACUCCUCAAAGAGGUACAGAAUCCUCGGCUGAAAAAGGUAUUCUACACGGACAAUGGGAGCACAGGGAUGGAGGUAGCUGUCAAGAUGGCAUUGCGCGCGGCUGCUAGUCGAUAUGGCUGGGACGCAAGCCAAGAGACCGUGAGCAUCCUCGGCCUCAAGGGCAGUUAUCACGGCGAUACAAUCGGCGUGAUGGAUUGUUCUGAACCAUCUACUUACAAUAAACGAGUCGAGUGGUACAGAGGACGAGGUUAUUGGUUUGAUUUCCCCAAGGUACAAUUGUCCAAGGGCGUAUGGAGUGUUACUAUUCCCGAAGAAAUGAAAAAGGCCUUAGGGCCAGACGCCGACUUCUCUAGUCUGUCUGCGAUUUUCAAUCUUACUGCACGAAAGGACUCUGAGCUUGCCCAGCGGUAUAAAGAGUAUAUCAAAACAACCCUCGAGAACCUGGUUGUAAAGGAAGGUGUGAAAUUCGGCGCGUUGAUAAUUGAACCGAUCAUCCUCGGCGCUGGAGGAAUGCUGUUCUCUGAUCCCCUUUUCCAACAAUGCCUCGUCCAAGUAGUCCGAGAGAACCCCCAAAUUUUCUCCCAAUUCUCCCCAAGCCCGCCAUCGUCCCCAUCAACCAACUGGUCCGGUCUCCCUAUCGUCUUCGACGAAGUCUUCACCGGCAUCUACCGCCUCGGCCGGCGUACCUCCGCCUCUUUCCUCCAGAUCGAUCCAGACAUUGUCGUCAACGCCAAACUCCUCACCGGCGGACUACUACCCCUCUGCACAACCAUGGCCAGCAACGAAAUUUUCCAAGCUUUCGACAGCCCGCACAAACAUGACGCACUGCUCCAUGGACACAGCUACACUGCUAAUGCGCUUGGCUGCAGCGUUGCAGUCAGCUCAAUGAGAUCCAUGAUUGGCAUGGAGGAAAGCGGUUAUUGGCGGGCACACGUCCAGGAUUGGGAGGCACAGGGAGUGCAGCAGGCAGCAGAUGCGAAAGAAUCUGCCGCUGCAGGUGACCACCCGACAGUGUGGAGUUGCUGGUCGCACGACAUGGUGAGAGAUUUAUCGUUUGCAGAGGAGGUCGAGAGUAUCUUUGCACUGGGGACCGUAUUGAGCAUUACUUUGAAGGACAGAGAGGGUGGUGGAGGGUACACAUCCACAGCAGCGAGCGGGUUGCAGAAGCAGUUGAUGGCUGGACACAAUGGAUUUACUGUACACUCUCGAGUUUUGGGCAAUGUACUAUAUCUCAUGGCGAGUGUGACAUCAAAGACGGAAACGCUGUCGCGGAUUGAGAAGCUCCUUCGAAGGGCUCUGCUAUGA